CCUUUUUUCUCUCAAUUCAACCAUGGUCAGGACACCAAAACAGGGGAGGCGGCGAAGCGCCGGCCGGCGAAAGAUCGACAUCAAGAAGAUCGACCAGAAAAGCAAUCUUCAAGUUUCUUUCUCGAAGCGCCGGGCAGGAAUGUUCAAGAAAGCCGGCGAGCUCUGCGUCCUCUGCGGCGUCCAAAUCGCCGUCGUCGUCAAGUCUCCCGGCAACAAUUUCUUCUCGUUUGGGCAUCCCAGCGUCGACGCCAUCGUCGACCAGUAUCUCGCCGGAGGCCCGCCGCCGGGGUCCGCCGCCGCCCACCAUCCGACGGAUGAGUACAACCGGAGCUACGCGGCGGCGUUUAAGGAGAUAGAGGAGGAGAGAAAGAAGGCGCCCGCCGUUGAAGAAGCGAAGGCGGCGGUCUACGGCGGCGGCGGGGGGUUCUGGUGGGAGGCGGCUAUUGACGGAAUGGGAUUGGAGGAAUUGGAGCAGUUCCAAGCAUCAUUGACGGAGCUGAAGGAGAAUUUGAAUGCCAGGCCGCUGGCGGCGCUGUCGACCGGCGACGAGAACUUCUUGCCUUUGCCAAACCUUUAAAGGUUUGAAGCUUUACAUUUUGUGUUCGAGAGAUUUAGCAAGCAUUUUAAAAUUUUGUAUGAAUUUUAAAUUUUCAAUUAAACUAAAGGUUUUUCUUCAAUUAGUCAUUGGUUAAUAGAUUAAAUUUCUAUCAAUUUGGUUAA